AUGCCACCACGUCGUCAACUGACUAAUGCCGAAAAAGAGGAGAAAAAUCUGAAGCUAAGAGAAAAAGCGAAAGAGGCUACAGAGGUUAAGGCAAAGCGCUUAGAAGAGAAUAGAUCCAGAGGUAAAUACGUCCACGAUGAAAAAAAACGGCGACUCAAUGAAGAACUCAAACAACAAACCAAAAAUGACAUAAAUAAGCAAUCGCGUCUAGACGUUGAGGCAGAGGGACGGAGGGUGAAGCGAGUGCAAGAGCAAGAAGAAACGAAGCAGAAUAGGCUACGAGAGCAAGCACUACGGCAGCAAGCUCUGCGUGAGGAAGAGAAUGAAGAAGAAAGACGUGUAAGGCUACAAGAGAAAGCAAGGCGACAGCAAGCUCUGUGCGCAGUAGAAACUUACGAAGAGAGGAGAGAUAGACUUAUGGAAGACAAAAUGCGACAUCCAACCCAUUGCAAACAGGAGACGGUAGAAGGAAGGAUGUCGCGUGCAUCGGUGGAUAGAUUGCGUCAUCAAAUGUAUCUCAUUGUAGAAAAUCACGAAGAGGCUGAGGUACGCCGGGAAUUAAACAGAGAACAAAUGACCACCAACAGAGCUGCAGAGAUAAAAAAAGAGACAGAACAAAGAAGGGAAGAGAGUCAACUUCGAAUGGAGCGACUGCGACAAGAGAGACAGCAGGACGAGGAAUUACUUCGUGCCAUGAAUGCAAUGGAACAAGCAGAAAUUAUACCUCUGGAAACCGAAAAAGAUCGCACUUUCCGCGAAGAGUUGUUGGCUGCCCGCAACCGUGUGGGAGUGCCGAGAACUCAUCGAGCGGCUUGCAAAGUCUUGGCUUCCGAAGACCACCUUGCAAUGCUUGAUUGCGGAGAAAUGAACGUCACUUGCGGCGAACGUAAUGCCAGGCAUUUCAAGGGUGAGCGAGCAGCCGAUAAGAAAUUCACUCAAUGCUGCGGAAAAGGCAAGGUGAUUCUCCACCCUCCCAAGCAGUGCCCUCAACCACUAGCUAAAGUGUUGCAGAACAACCAUUCAAAAGCAAAGGUGUUCAUGACCAUGAUCCGCAACUAUAACAGCGCUCACGAUUUUGAUUCUUUAAGAGCCAAUAUCUCUUCGCCACCAGGGCGUGGAACUUAUUGCUUCAGGAUCCACGGUCAAGUGUACCACAGCACUACACCUGUCGACGCAAACACAACCAAUCCCAAGUACACAGAUCUGUAUUUCAUGGACGCUGCACAGGCCAGCGAGUUUAGAGGCAAUUUCUCUUCCAAUGGAGGGUGUUACAGGAACUUGAUGGAGGAAUUGGACACAAUGCUACAAGAAAAGAAUCCCUACGCAGCCGUUUACAAGAUGAUGCGGCAAGUGCUUGAAGAAGAACACCACCGAGCCCAAGAGGAGAAUCUACCGCACCAAACAGUGGGUAUAAUUAUCAGCAGUGAUCAAAGAAAUCUCGACCAAAGACGGUACAACAGCCCAACGACAAACGAGAUUGAUAUAAAAUUCCUACCCGGGAACGGUGAGCCACCAGCUAAGAGAGAUAUCCGCGGCCAUCUCUUCAUCCCAGUCAGAGGGAGAAAAUUCAUUCAGAUCGACACGCAACAACCCAUGUGCGAUCCCAUGACCUACCCCCUGCUCUUCCCCAACGGCGACGAUGGAUGGCAUGUAAACAUGCCUUACACCAUCAGUACACGGCGCGAAAGAGAGCAAGGAGCAGCGCGGGAAAUGGAUGUGGAUGAAGAAAAAGAGAUCACUAUCACAAGGCGGAACGAAAUACUGCGGCUGGAAAAUCCACCAAAAGAAACCUUAGGUGGUGAUGAUGAGCCGGUAGAACAACCCGAACCGGAACCCGAGGAGCAAUUUUAUGACGACGAAAACUAUCCACAGCGACUGAAUCGUGGCGGAGGAAAAAGGAAGUGGGUAACGCAGUGCGAAUUUUACAGCUUUCUCGUGUCAAUUCGGGAUUACUUUAACAUCGUAUUGGCCGGAGGACCACUCACUCAGCAAUGGAUUGUAGACUCUUACGUCGAGAUGGAAGCCAACCGCGUCAAGUACAUUCGCGAACAUCAGGCGGAACUUCACGUGGCUCAAUUGGACCGUCUCUUGGACUACAUCAAUAAUCGUGCCGAAAGAGAAAACUUGAUGUUCGGAUCAUUUCACGUCCUCCCCUCGAGUUUCAUCGAAAGUCCAAGAGCGAUGAAGCAAGCGUACCAAGAUGCGAUGGCCAUCUGCGGAAAAUUCGGCAAACCCGUCUUUUUCUUAACGUUCACCUGCAACCCCAAGUGGAGAGAAAUCACAGCCAACACUCCCAGUCAUCUCUCGGCGUCAGAUCGACCCGAUAUAGUAGCAAGAGUCUUCCAACAAAAGAAAAAUGAGUUAGUAAACGAUAUUGAAAAACGCCAGGUGCUUGGAUUUGCAACUGCACGGAUACACGUCAUAGAAUUUCAAAAGCGUGGAUUGCGGAGAUUGUGGAGCGUUGUGAGAUUGUGGAGCGUGACGCUCCACGUACAGUGGAAGACGUGGAUGCAAUGA